AUGUCGUGCCAUUUCACCACAGCCAAUGCUAGCCGGGAAUUCUCCGGGUGCUGCAAAAGCUCUCCAGUAUCUCAACCUCACCCAAAAUCUUUCACCACUAUCAACCGAUCCGACCCAUCGCCCUCAAUCCCACCCACGGCGGCCCAAUUGCUCUCCUCGACAGCGUCACCCGCCGCCGUCGACACGCCGCCUUCAUUACCAAAUAUGCCUCCCCGUCUGCCAAUUCGCCUGGCCCUCCCACGGCCCUGCGCCGUCGCCGCCCGGCCUCUCCUCCUCCCGCUCACAGCUACCCGCGGUAUCAAGUAUGGAUGGACCACGGCUCCUCCUCGCAGCAAGCACAAGCGAUUCAACCAGCCUUCUUCCGGCCUCCCUGCGCUCACGAGCGGUCCUGCUGCUGCGCUGAAGCGUCGGGAGAAUACUACGCCUCUGCGCUCGGGUGUCCUUGCUACCAAGAAGGGCAUGACUAGUGUGUUUGUUGGAAAGACCCGUGUGCCUUGUACUGUGCUGCAGCUCGAUCAGGUCCAGGUCGUCGCCAACAAGACUCGACAGAAGAACGGUUACUGGGCUGUGCAGAUUGGUGCGGGCUCGCGUGAUGGUCGAAACGUCACAAGCCCACUGCUGGGUUACUACGAGGCCAAGGGCAUUGCCCCCAAGGCUGAGCUCGCCGAGUUCAAGGUCCGAAACGAGUCUGGUCUUCUUCCCGUUGGUGUUCAGAUUCUUCCCGAUUGGUUCAAGAAGGGCCAGUACGUCGAUGUCAAGGGCCGAUCGCGGGGUAUGGGUUUCGCUGGUGGUAUGAAGCGUCACGGCUUCUCCGGUCAGGAAGCUUCGCACGGUAACUCCAAGAACCAUCGAACAAUCGGUACAACAGGUCCUUCGCAGGGCAGUGGUAGUCGUGUUAUGCCCGGCAAGAAGAUGCCUGGUCGUAUGGGUAACGAAUUCGUCACAGUGCAGAACCUCAAGGUCAUGAUGGUGGAUAACGACUUGGGUAUUGUGCUAGUCGGUGGACCUAUUGCCGGUCCCAAGGGCCGUGUUGUUCGUCUCCAAGACGCCAAGAAGCGAAAGGCUCCCCCUCAACCUCAUCGCGAAGCUGCUUUGGCUACUCUACUAGAGCGCAACCCUGAUCAUGAGGCUAAGCUCCAAGCAGCACGGGAAAGGCAUCUUCAGCUGAAGAAUGAGAGAGAAGCGGCGCAGCUUCAAGACUAA